AUGCAGCAAUAUUCGACCACCGACGAUCUCUACCACCUCGACGCCUUCUACUCGUCCCAAGCGACAGAGACUGCUUCGUCCCAUCUCCAGUAUGCUUCUUAUCCCGGGCUGGUCAGCGCCCCAUCCCUUAAUUAUUGCACUCCCCAAACCACGAACAAUGGAUUCGCUUCCCAGCAUCCCCAGUACUCGAACGCCUAUGACCAAAACUGCCUCCCCCAGCGACACGUCCCCUCGACCCGUGCCUACAGCUACCACCCCUACAGUGGUGGCUCCACCGGCCCAGUGACCCCAGGUGCUUACAGCCCGGUCCAAGUCUCACCCCGAGUGUCGCAUUACGUCUCGCCUUGGGAGACGGCCUCUGGUCUCAUCAGCGCCAGCUCCUUGAGCGUUGGAAACGAGUAUUCGUUCGUAGAUUAUAGCGUGCUCAACGGCAUGCACGGAAAUGGAACGAUCCACCCCUCCCAGUUGUUCAACACGCAACCCGAGUCUUGCGCUACUGCUGCCACUGUUGCUACCGUCCCGACUACCGUGGACCCUCACUCUUUGACCUCCCACACUCUUUACAACAACGUCUCUCCCGCCUCCCUUGAGGAUUCAUCGUCAUCCGACGACAGAGACUCGUCCCCCCUCAGCGCGGACUCGGCCGAGCUCCCAACUCCCUCGCUCUCGUCGACAUCCACCCGUAGCACUCCUGCUCGCCCAGGACUCACGAUCCCCACCGUGUCAUUGAUCAGCAAGCAACACCAAGAGACCCCCAUCUGGUCCAACUCCAACUCGACGCUUCCCUCGCCCGUCGACUCGCUAUCGAGCAAGGCUUCUUCCUCUGACCACGAGCCAUCCUUCAUCCCCACCCCAUCCCUCAAGAAGUCGACCGCUUCCGUAAAGGGUGCCAAGCGAGCCACUCGCUCGGCUGCUCCGGAACCGGCCUGGGUCGAAGCCGUCCUCAAGGAGGAUGCCAACCGAAUUCUCCAACAGGAUAGCGCGGUCAGCCCGACUGCUCCUGCUCGUGGUGCUAAUAGGCCAAUUGCUUUUGCUUGCGUGUUUUGCCGACACCGAAAGAUCCAGUGCAUCCGUCCGAAGACGGAAGUCGCUCCAGGUGAAAAGCCUGCCCCUUGCAAUCAAUGUGAGAAGAGGAACCGAUGCUGCGAGUACCCACCCGCGGCUUUGAACCCUCGCGUUGUCCGAAGAGCACGAGACCGACCCAGCUCUACCUCUGUUUCAGUAGCUGGUGAAUGCUGA